AUAUUUAUUUCAACAGGAUUCCUAUAGAAUCCACUUAUAUCAAUAAGAUUGGUUGGUAAAUGUGAUCCACUUCCUAUAUCUACGAUAGACCGUCACGUAUCACGCAAGUAGGUCCAGGAUUUCAAGAACCAAGUCUUGGCGUAAGCAUACGUGUUUUAGACUAUAAGGUUGUUUUCAAUAUGGCAACCGUUGAGAUAUUUUCGCGGGAGAAAUUUCUAUUCUGAUGAUAUUCACACUAAAUGAGCAUUCAACACAGUAGUAUGAAAGAGGAUCAGAACAUUACAGAGGUGUUUAUAGAGGCUGGAUCAUUUUUCCAAAGUGAUGUAUGCCUUUACCAGCUUCAACAAUAAAUCAGUGAAGAUUUACUUUCUGAAGAAGAAAUCCUUUCAGAUGUCAAGAAUGUUUUACUCAGUGAAGUUCAAUUCACAGAUAGACUUUCUAAAUACAGACCUUCUCUCUUAAUAUUCACUUUUCAAGAGGAAAGAUAGUAAUAAAUAAGAUUGGUGUCUUAAUCAUAUGCUAUUGAAUAGCAAGUUAAAAUCAGAAUUGAUCAACAAAAGUAAAAAUAAAUUGACUAUUCUACUUGAAAAACAAAAGAUUCAAAAUUUUUAUUGUAAUUUAAAUAAAGUAUCUAAAGCUGCUAGUUAAUGAUCAAAGCAAAUCUCGGGCAAAAAUACUGAUACAAUUUACUAGUAGCAAAAAAUUCCAAAAUUAUAAGAACAUCUUGCUGUGAUCCUGUAAUAUUACAAAAGGAAUAUUGCAUUCAUAGACACCCAAAUGAAUUACAAAAACAAAAGAUCUCAAAUAUAGCGUAUUUGAAAAAUCAGAGGCACAAUAACAUAAUGGCAAAGAAUAUUAAAAACAGUGUCUUAUUUAGAUAAAAAAUCUUUUAAUGAAAUAAUUCACCAUAUUAAUAUUAUCAACUUAAAACUUCUGUGUUUGAUUUAUGUGAAAAUAAUGAUAAAAUAGACAAUAUUAAAGACAUUUUCAAAUUGCUGGCUCACAUUUUAGGAAGAAAGUUCAUUUUGAUGUGUAUUUCAAGACCUUGUUAAAGUUAGAAGAAAUGAAUCCAUCUGUAGAAAAAAAAGCUUCUCCUGGACUGAGUAAAGAAAAAUCUUAUUUUGACGACUUUCCUAAAACUUCCAAAAAAAGCUUGGGAAGAUUGUACGGUUCUAUUACUAAAGAAAAACAUUUGGUUGAUAAAACAUGCAGUCAAACUGGUGGUACUCCAAUGAAAGACAGUAUAAGAAAUGUUAAAAAGACUACCACUGAACUACAGAAAGAGCACAUCAAAGCUUCCAUUGAAAAAGAAGAUUCAUCUACAUCCAAUUCCUUCACUGUUCAAAAUAAACCAAAGACUCCUAUCUUUACUAAUCAAAAACAAGAAGGAAGAGCUAAGAUGAGUGCACCUUCAAAAGGUGACCAUAUUCAGAAUCAAGCAUUGUUAAAACUGGCUGUGAGUCCUGCAGGGAUGAUUCGACAAACUUCACAUGAAACGAGACCCAUUUCUGCUAGCCUACCUGUUUCUAAUAUGACUGGUUUGAAAAAUAUUCUCAAUUCAUUUAUGAAAACUUCAAUAAGUCAGGUAUUAAGAAGUAAAAUUGAUUCUCAGUCAGAAACCAAAUCUGAAAGCAGUGAUAAUUCCUUGACUCAAGUGAGUGAGCUUUUAGAAAAAAGUGACUUAAAAGGUAAAAUUGGAAUAACAGAAAAUAUGAAUGAAGAUGAGGAAAAAGACACAAAUGUGAUGGAACAUCCUUGUAAAGAUAUUGAACAAGACGCAGCUUCUGAUAACACUAGUGAAGAUCAUCUUAAAGAGAAUAAGAAAAUUGCAGAUACAAGUAGAAUAGAAUCACUUUGCACUCAAGUAAAUAGCCAGCCAACUAAAAGUCAAAAUAUUGGUACAGUUUCUUCAACUCCAAAAUCUCCAGUUCUACCACAAUCAUCAACAGUUCCAGUAAUCCCUGGUGUUUUACAAAAUACUGUUCUAACCAGACAGCAAGUAGCUUUUAAAGUUAUGAUGGGGAAAAAGAAGAAAAAAUCAAAACAUUUCAGGGGAGCUACGUAUGAUCUCUAUUUGAGUAAAAGAAAGAAGAAAAACAAAGACAGACCAGGGGAACUUUCUCAACAAAAAGAUGAUAUUUCUAGUAUAGCUGGUACAGAAACAAGUAGCUGUAUUGAUUCUGAAGAAGAGGACAGUGAGACAAGUGAAGGAUUUAGAACCUCCUCAGAAGUAUCUUUGCAAGAUGAUGAAUCUGAUUACGGUCAUAUAUCAUCUGGAAGACAAAGUACUGAAACUCAUAAUUGUGAUGAAUCUUUACCACUAACAUCAGAAAUAAAGAAGCAAAAACCCGUUGGGUUGAAUGUAAUAGACUCACAACAACAAAAAAACUCUGAAAGCAGGCCAAAAGACUGUAAAAUGUUUGAGGAUGAAGUCAGUAACAAUGACAAAUCAGAGGUUUUGGAUGAACCUUCAAAUCUUAUUUCCUCAAAUUGCCUUCACGUAGAAAGGGCUGAAGAAAUGGAAGUGGUCAAAGAAAAUUCUAUUUCCACUAAUGCUGACACUAAAGAAGAUGCUGCACUUCUACCAACAGAAGAGCCAGCUGUACCUGAGCCAUCUCAGCCAUCAGAUCUAGCAGUUGAUAAGAACUUUAAAAAAGCUGAAGAACCUCCUGUAGUUGAGGAAACUUCUUCAAAAGAUAACCUCAUGGAAGAUGAUGGGAUUAUUGAAGCUGAUUCUUAUGUAUCACUUGAUACAAAGUCUACUAUGUCUAGCAUAGCUUCAAGUGUGAAAAGUAGGCAGAGGGUAAAACGUCAUCUGCUAAAUGACCACAAUGAAGUGGAUUCAUUGGGUUUAUCAUCAUCUGUCUCCAUUGGCUCAGAUGGAAUUGGACAAAAAAAAGCCAAAAAAGCUUUUCAUGGACCCUGUGGUCCAACUGUUGUUCUUUCAAGUCCUGUUGAAGAAGGAAACCCUGGACUUCUACCUCACAUUGAAAUUGUGGUUGACAGCAAACUUCCAUUGAUGUCUAGAUGCACUUGUCAAGGGGCUCCUUUAGAUCCUAAAGCUACACAGAUAACUGAAGCUAAGAUAUUUUGUCAGGCCAUAGAUUCCAUCAGUGGCAGGCUUGUUGGUUGUUGUAAUUCUGUAACUUGCCACCAACUUGUACGCCCUUCUGUAAAAAUACCUUUUACCACCAUGUGUGAGGUUCAUUUGUGGCGACUUGCUCAACAUCACUGUUGUCCCAGUUGUGGCGUCUUUUGUACUCAGGGUGAUUUUUUGCAGUGCAUCACAACCAACAAAGGAAAGAAGCAAAUACAUCUCUUUCAUAAAAAGUGUAAAACAAUACAAGGUAAUUCAGAAGUUCCUCAGUGUCCACAUUGUGGUCGGGCUUCACUGAAGUCAAUUCGUCUGGAAUUGAAUACUCCCACACCUCCCAUUUUCUAUCUUAGUCAGAAGCCAUUAUUCACAGUACCCAAAGCAAAGAUGGCAUUUUCAAGACAAUUAGAAAUAAAGCGGAAAGGAGAAGAAGAAGAAGAGGCAAUUUCAUCAAGAUCAUUCAUGGUUCCAGAAACUGGAAAAAUUUUGUCAUCUGCUGGGUUACCCCUUGGGCCAGAUAGAGCUCAGUUAGAGGCACUUCUGAUUGCUUUAGCAAGUGAUAAGCUACAGAAUGUGAGGUAUACCAUCAAAAGUUUUUAUGCCCCAGCUAAAACAGGCAACAUUGACAAAAUUCUUCAGCUCAUUGCACUGGGUUUUGACCCUAAUUACAAAUUUGAGGAACAUGAGAAUGAAACUCCCCUUCAUGCAGCAUCUAGUGCUGGACAUUUGGUUGUUGUGCACCUUUUAGUUCAGGCAGGUGCUGUUCUUGAUCACUUGACCAAUAAACUGUAUACACCACUAAUGUAUGCAGUAGAGUGUAAUCAAGUUCCAGUUGUUGAAUAUCUUAUUAAAGCAGGAACUCAGCUGGAUGCCAGGGGAGAAGAUGGAAUGACAGCUCUUCAUUUGGCUGCUAGAUGCGGCAGUGUGGAAAUAUGUGAAAUGUUAUUGGACACGGGGAGAAUUAAUGUCAAUAUUCAGGAUGACGGAGGUUGGACUCCAGUCAUUUGGGCAACAGAACACAGCAAACCUGUAGUUGUAAGGUUGCUAGUAGAUCAGGGAGCAGACCCCAACUUAAAGGAUAAUGAAGAAAAUACAGCUCUCCAUUGGUCAGCUUUUUCUGGGUGUUUGGAGGUUUCUCAGUUGUUUCUUGAUAUAGGCUGUGACUUAGGAGCUUUAAAUGAACAUGGAGAUACACCUUUACACAUAGCAUCCCGAAGAGAUAACUAUGACUCUGUGGUCCUAUUCCUUGCAAGAGGAGCAGACAUUGAAGCACUAAACAAAGGAAAUGAGUUACCAAUUGAAUGUUGUCUAAAUAAAAAUUCUCCUACAUGGAUGGUUUUAAAAAUGAACCAAGAAUUGAAAAGAGUAACUGCCAGCAAAUUGCAUCAAGCCGACAGAAUUCUUGAAAGGGACAUCACACGAGGCAAGGAGCGAAAUCCAAUCCAGUGUGUAAAUGGACUAGACACUGAAGGAGAACUGGAAGACUUCCUGUAUAUAGUUGAAAACUGUGAAACAUCUCCCAUCAAUAUUGACAGAACUAUCACAUCUUUACAGAGCUGUAGAUGUACAGAUGACUGCACAUCACCUAGCUGUACCUGUGCCACCAUAAGCUUUAAAUGCUGGUAUAACAGGGAAGGACAUAUUCUACCAGAGUUCAAUAUGUUAGACCCUCCCAUGAUAUUCGAGUGUAACAGAGCCUGUUUGUGUUGGAAAAACUGUAACAACAGAGUAAUGCAGAAUGGAAUCACUUGUCGCCUACAAGUGUUUCGCACCAAAGGGAAAGGUUGGGGUGUAAGAACUUUGAAAGAAAUUCACAGAGGGAGCUUUGUAUGCGAAUACAUAGGAGAAAUCAUUUCUGAUUCUGAAGCAGACCAGCGAGAAGAUGAUUCAUACCUCUUUGAUUUGGAUAAUAGAGAUGGUGAAACAUUUUGUCUAGAUGCACGUUACUAUGGAAACAUUAGUCGGUUUAUCAAUCACUUGUGUGAACCAAACUUGGUACCUGUGAAAGUGUUUGUUGAUCAUCAGGACUUGAGCUUUCCUCGCAUUGCAUUUUUUAGUUCUCGUGAUAUCAAACCCCAUGAGGAAUUAGGUUUUGAUUAUGGUGAGAAAUUCUGGGUGAUAAAGUACAAGAACUUUACUUGUGGCUGUGGAUCACCAAAAUGUAGGUAUUCCAAAGAAACUAUACACACAACACUAGAAAAUUAUUAUCGUAGACUAAAAGAAGAACAGGGGGACGAAAUUGUCAGAUCACUUCCCCAACAGUGAGGUUUCCUCAUAUUUAUAGCAUAUUUUGAGGAUAAACAAUGCUUUUCCUUUCUAUUGUGAAACAACCCAUCUGUAAUAAUUACUGGUUGAAGCAGUAAAUUCUGUCAGUUUUGAAGUGACAAAGAAAGAAGUGAUAAGUGUAUAUUUUAAGAAGGAUGUGGUGUGACAUUUGUAAGAGAUUUUGAUGAAAAAUAAUAGUAGCACGUGUUAAGAUAUGGCAAACAUCCACUGUAAGAUCUUCAUAUUACAAAAUGUGCAAAUGUCUACUGUCAAGAUGUCCUUGUUGCAAACAUCUACUGUUAAGAUGUCCUUGGUACAAACUCUAAUCAUCUACAGUUAAGAAGUUCUUGUUGCAAACAGUGCAAACAUCUAUUGUUAAGAUGUUCUUGUUACAAACUCUAAGCAUCUAUUUGCAAAGAUUUCUGUUACAAACUGUGCAUCAUAUAUUAUCAAGGUAGACAGUGCAAACAUCUACUGUUAAGAUGUCCACGUUACAAGCAACAAGCAACAGAAUUUGAUGGUUUCUGAAUCACUUAUCAAUUGGAAUGUUUUAUGAUAAUUUCUAACUUGUGACAUUUAGUUUUGAUGCGUUUAGGUGAAAGAAAGCAUCACAGGUACUUGAUUUUCCUUUGGUAUGUUAAUUUUAGAUGAAUGAUUAUUUCUUUUAAUUGUAAAUAUUUUUUUUGUUCUUUUUUCUGGUUUCCCAUAAGUUUGUACAACUUGCCCAAAUAUGGUGUCUUUACUACUUUUUUAUAAUUUUCAUAAGCACUUAUCUAAUAAUUUAUUUUUUUGAAUAUGUUUCUUCCCCUUAAGUCACACAGACAUAUGCUGUAAUGUUAAUUAAAGCUAUUAUAUUAAUAUGUUGUUUUUGUUAAAAUAAUAAUGUGAUUAAGCUAUAUUGAAAGACAGAGAAAGAACACUUGAUGGAUAAUUGUGUUCAACAACAAACAAAUGAUUUAUACUGUGGAUCUUUUACCUUGAUAUUUUAAUUUUAAAAAGAACUGUACUAAGUUAAAUUACUUACGAUCCAGGGGACUUUGAAUUUUGAAACAAUUUCACAAUUUACUAAGAGUUGACAAUUAAUUACUAAGAAAAUAAAAGUUUUAAAAUUUUAUUUGGAAUACAAAACCUUAAAGAUGGCUUCUUUAUGCUGUCAUAUCUACAUAAAAGGUAGCAAAUUUUAGAAAUAUAAAGCAAGUUAAUCAACUAUUUAAAAAAAUGCCAUCUCUCACCCACCCAUCCAUCAUAAGAUGAAGCUAUUCUGCAAAGCAUAUUUAGAAAAUUAAAAAUGAAAUAGAAGUUGAGGGUAAAAUUUACAUUUCUGCAAGAAGAAUUUUGAUAUUUGGGAAAAUGUUAUUUCAGUUGUGUUAUGUAAUUGAAAUAUCAAAUUAUUGAAAUGGUGAAUCAUGUUAUGAAACAUAUUAGAUAUGUUAUCUUGUUGAAUUUGGCAUACAUAGUCUAAUUUUUUUCCACUGACUCUUAACUUGUAUGAGAUAAAAUGUUAAAUUGCUCAUACUUGCUUCUUAUAUAUUUUUUUUCUGACUGGGAUCAGCUGAAAUUAUAAGUUGGUCACACUUUCUGUUAAGAAUAAAAAAAAAAUUAAAUGCUUUAAGAAUUUUGUUGUUUUUUUUCCCCCAAAUUUGUUUAAUGAAAAAAAAUUGCUGUUCUUAUAUGUAUACUGUGAAUCAGAGUAUAUUGUUGGGUUAAUACAAAGUUAACUAAAACAUUGUUAUUGAAAUACAUUUCUUGUUGGUUUGUAUGGUUAUUUAUCCAAUGAUAUAUAUAUUAAAACUUCCAGCAAAUAGGUUGAACUUACAUUCACUGGUUUAUCAAAGAAACUUAUUUCUUGUGAUUGUAUCUGAGAUUAACAAAAACAAGAAGCAGUAAUAAAUAUAUUUUAAUGACUG